AUGUCUUGCCUGGCUGAGAUUGGAAAUCGUGACCCUGACUACAGUGACUCUUCCACUGAUGAAUCAGAAAGUGAAGAUGAAUCUGACUCUGACGACUACUCUCCCACUUCACUCUCUGGUGGUGGUGGUGGUGGUAACUUUGGCUGGACUUAUGAUUCUACUUCUACAUCAUCGACACCUAUAACUGUAAACUCUUUUCAACCGUUGGAAGAUGUUGAUGUGGAGCUGGUUGCAGAUGAAUCAAUUAGUGUUGCUGACGACAAAGAUACACUUCAGUCUGAGGACCAUAUAUUGCUCGAAGAUUCUGCUGUUGAUGAUGCUGAUUUGAGAUCGGUGAACUCCAACGUAGCUGGUCGCCCUGGUUCCGAAGAUACUAACGAAGAUUUUUCUCACGAAAAUUCAUUUUCUGAACAUAUGGUAAAGCUCCAGAAAGCCUUUGCUCCAGGAACUCAGUCGCCCUCAGUGGUGGCUCAUCAAACAAGUCCGGUGACUCUUCCCAAACAACUACACAUUUUGGAUGAGGAUGACAGUGUGGAUCUUGCGCUGUCUGGAACUGCUGAACUUACCCGCGAGGCUUCAGCUGUUGAAACCGCUAGCCAAUCUGGUGAUGACAAUCAGGAUGCGGUUGACUCAGAAACCAAUGAUGAAGACAUGGAUGGGUCUGUGGAACAUAUACUGGGUUUCGACGAAUUGGAAGACUCAUCAGAUUCUGAAUUUUCGUCUAGCGACGUUGUCAUGGAUUCCUCUACUAAGUUGGAGGAAGCUCCUGCGAGAUCUGGUGGUUCUGAUACUGUUACUACUGCUGCAUCUGGAAGUGGCAGUGAACUGAGAGACACUGCUGAGAAUGAUCGCCCACGCUUACCGCCUGCACCAUCUACUCAGAGGCUCCUGCUAGAGUAUGGGCGAGCAGGGGAUGCUACAAGCUUUGGGGACAAUACAAGCGACGUGCGGCACAGCUCCGUGCAACAAAAUCGACAUAUGCCACUUCCGGCUCCACCUUCGAGACGGUUGUUGUUGGCAGCUCCUCCUCCGUCUUCUUCUGAACAUGAUUCGCAAACUGCUGGGCAAGUAGUUGUUCGACAAACAAGCCAACACUCAGCUCCGGCAGAAGCCCAACAGCCUCUUGCUAAUACUGGAAGAAUUACUAGGUCUGCUGCGGGUACUGCGGGUGCUGCGGGUGCUGCGGGUGCUGCGAGAGUGCCUGCUCCGUCGUCCAGACACCGUCAUCGAGAAGCCUCUCGGGACACAGUUGUUGUUAACAAAAGAUUAGCUGAUUUGAUUGAGCAAAAUGGCUAUUAUGUUCCUAACAGUGCACUUCAGCGGCUGGCGCGAAAAGAAAAUUCUUCAUUAAUUCUAAAUCGCACAAAUCUAAUUACCCGGCCUACUGAUAACCUUCCACUAAAAGUAGUCUCAGAAAAUUCGACUUCAAACUCCUCACCAAGAUUGGAAAAUGAAGCCUCAAAUGGUUCUCCCACAACACCCUCUACCUCUGCUUCUUUGUCCUCGGAAUCAUCUGCACAUUCGGAGCCAGUGGUUACAUCACCAACCUCCUCUGCUGUGACGUCUCCCACAUUAGAAAGUUCUUCUUCUCGUCGUGAUCACCAAACCACUCCUCCCUCGUCAUCGAAUCGCAUGCUGUCGAUAGCACAACGCAAUAUCUUACGCACAUCGGGCUUACUUUGGGGCUCUCGCUCUUCCGACCGGCACAGUGACAAACUGAAACUCUCGAACUCUGAGUCAGCUUUGGACUCGGAAUCUAGGUCACUGCUGCAUGGUCUGCCAGCUCGUGAGGGUUCAACACUGAGAGCCCCACACGGCCACCUCCAGGGUACACCGAAUCUUAGAUUCAACCCCACUCCCGAUGCGGUUCCCUUUCUUUCUCACACUCACUCGGCAACACACAAUGUCCCUGCUACGUCAGCAUCAGUAGAUGAGGACUCAGUCGUUAGCACUGACUCGCAGUCCCACUCUCCCGCCUCCACAACCGAAGCUGAUGUUGAGGCUACAAGCGAUGAAAUCUCAAUUGCAGCACCCUACAAUUCUGACUCUCAGGGCUCAUCAGAACACUUAGCUGACGGCAUUGACUUCUUUACAUGA